AUGUUACGAUCACUAACCGUGUCGAGAGUCUCUCGAUCGCCAUUUGUGGGAAGAAUACGAUUACUAGCAUCGUCCUCAAGGUUAGGGGCCCACUAUGACGUGAGAAAGGUGUUUGACAAUCCAAGAUACUGGCGGGAGAUCAAUAGCGAAGCUUACAGGUUGGAAAGCUCGAAGUCUAAAGGCAUCAUAAGCAGAUUUACAGAGUCUUCUGUCCUUCCAGAAACCGGCCUUUUUCAAAAUCCAUAUUUAAAAUCAAGUCAAGGACUUCGACAGUUUAGCAUGAGAACGUUGGAAGAAGCUCAGACUUUGGUUGACAAUAUGCGCACAGACCAUACCAGAGAAGGCUAUUUGAGCUAUAUUCAACGACUAGACAGGCUGAGUGACCUUUUGUGUAGAGUGAUUGACCUGUGUGAAUUCGUCAGAGCAUCUCAUCCUGAUCCGCAUUUUGUACAAGCCGCCCAGCUGUGUCAUGAGGAGAUGUUUGAGUUUAUGAACAUUCUGAACACCGACAAAACUUUGUGCGAGAUCUUGAAGUCAAUUUUGAAUGAUAGGGCGCUGACUGCAGAGCUCAGCAAAGAAGAAAUUCGUGUUGGAAACAUUUUACUUGAAGAUUUUGAGAAGUCUGGAAUCGACAUGGAACCAGGGGUAGCAGAGCAGUUUAUUAGCUUAUCACAGCAGAUAAGUCUGAUUGGACAGGAUUUUAUCAGCAAUACGGAUUUUGCGAAAUCGUCGCACGUAAGAGUACCUUGCAAAGAUCUUGAUAAAAGUGGAUUGAGCAAGUUGCUGCUAGACCAGCUUUCACGCGAUUCCAGAGGAAUGUAUUAUAAAGUUCCAACACAUGGCUACAUUGCAUAUUCGAUUUUGAGAAGCUGUCCGGAUGAAAAUAUCAGAAAGAAAAUAUGGACGUCGAUGCAUAGCUGUCCCGACCACCAAAUUGUGCGACUCAAGCAGCUGGCUAAAAUCAGGGGAUAUCUGGCAUAUAUUAUGGGUAUAAAAAGUUAUUCAGAGUACCAGCUGGAAGGUAAAAUGGCGAAGUCACCAGCGUACGUUCGAGGAUUUGUGCAAUCACUGGUGGAGGCAACAAAACCACUGGCGACCCAGGAGUUGAGGCAUAUAGCAACUUUUAAGAGUGAACAUCUGAAAUUGAAAACACCGGAGUCUGACGCAGACGUACUGGCAUUGGUGAGGCCCUGGGAUAGGGAAUUUUAUAGUACGUGGAGCGCGCUCCAACGACAACGCAAGAGCGUAGAAGACGAGCAGAUAAGCUGCUAUUUCUCAGUGGGAACUGUCAUGCAGGGUUUGUCAGACCUGUUUCAAAGCAUAUAUGGUAUAACAUUAGAACCGGUGGUGGCAGUUCCCGGAGAGACUUGGUCCCCUGAAGUGCGCAGGAUUAAUGUGAUAAGUGAUACGGAGGGCCUAAUUGGCGUAGUAUAUUGUGAUCUUUUCGAAAGACACGGAAAGACUACUAACCCUGCGCACUUCACUGUAUGCUGCUCACGUCAGAUAUAUCCCGGAGAAACUGAUCUGUCGACAAUUCAAGUGGGCCAACUAUCCUCAACAGGUGAGAAGUUCCAACUUCCUGUUAUAUCCCUAGUUUGUAGCUUUCUCCAAAGCUCACAAGCUUGCGAGCAGGAUGUUUGUCUGUUGCAACUGAGUGAUGUUGACACGUUAUUUCAUGAGAUGGGGCACGCAAUGCAUUCAAUGCUAGGAAGAACUUCGUUGCAAAAUAUCAGUGGAACUCGAUGCGCAACUGAUUUUGUAGAGCUUCCGAGCAUAUUGAUGGAGCACUUCUCGCGAGACCCUCGUGUCUUGUCUAAAAUCGGUCGGCACUAUAUUACCAACAAGCCUGUCCCUAUCGAUCUGCUGAAACUUAAUCAAGCACAGUCGGGCCACCUUCAACACACUGAAACAUUCUCGCAAGCGAAAAUGGCCAUGCUAGACCAAGAGGUGCAUUCCUCAAUAAUGUUGAGUGACGAGCCAGUCGAUAUCGUCGAGAUGUAUCACAAUCUCGAAAAAGAGAUGGCAGUGUUGGCAGACGAUCAAAGCAACUGGUGUGGGAGGUUCGGACACCUUUUUGGAUAUGGAGCUAGCUACUACAGCUACCUAUUUGAUCGGGCCAUCGCAAGCAAAGUUUGGGCCCAUCUGUUCGCCCAAGAUCCAUUUAGUCGAAAAAACGGCGAAAAAUUCAAGGGCAGCAUCCUAAAAUGGGGAGGCUCUAGAGAUCCUUGGGAGUGCAUAGCAGAUGCUUUAGAUAAGCCAGAGCUUUCCAAUGGAGAUGAAAAUGCCAUGAGAUUUAUUGGCCACACGGAAGACAUCUAG